GGAUCAUCAUUUCCAUUGCACAUACAAUAGUUCCAUUUAAGAAGUAUUGAAUGGAUUCUCCAUCAAUUACAGGACGUACUUUUGUCUGACUUUCUGUACUAUUUCACAUUUUAUCUAGUUUUCAGUUUCACUUUUUGUAUUAUUUUUCAUGAUGGCAGCUGCUGAAGUGGACCCAAAAUCAGAAGCUACUGAUGCUGUGCUGGAAGCCCCAGAACUUGAGCAGAUCCUCAACAUAAUGAGUUUCUCACAGCGCGGACAAAUGGACGAACAGCGUUGCGCCUUGAGUCCUGUUAAAACUGGACAAAUCAAAACUACACCUGCAGGUUCAAGCAAUGAGGCGUUCUCCCAUAAUGUGGACAACAAACAGGGAAAACACCUUGAUAAACUGCAGGUGUCAUUGCCAGGGUUUAACUACCAGGAACCUGGGAGUAAUAACCAUCAUGGCUCUGCACCCCACAUCUCUUUGACAGAGAGUACUCCAGAUAGAAACAGGAAGGUUCUGUUGGUACCAGCCAACCAAUUACAGGUUUCCUCUCAGCGUGACUGCUCCGAUUCCAUAAAGGAAGAAUCACCUGAUGACCAACAGAAGUUCAUGAAUAUGAUCAGCCAUGGCCAGCAUGGACGCAUGGAUGACCAGCGCUGUUCCUUGGAUCUUAGCAAGAGUGCACCCUGCACACCCAAACACACAGACAGAAAGCCUGCUGCAAGUACAUUAAACACAGAAUCUGAAAUGUUAUUCAGCCUCUUGGCUAACACUCAGAGCCAACGGCUUGACGACCAGCGAGUGUCUCUUCCAUCAUUACCAGGAUUACAGAAUGAAAAUGCCUCUUCAAAAUCUACUGCAGGAGGAGAUUCAAGCUACUUGUGUUACAUGGUCUCUAAAGUCCAGGGUUCCAGAAUGGAGGACCAAAGGUGCUCGCUACCUCACGUCAUCACCCCAGAGACCCAGUGUUCACCAAUAAAGGAUAAGUCUGCAUCUGGUUUAGGCCCUCCACGUUCAGCCUCCUUCAGCCCCAGCUCAGACAUAGAACGACCAAAGAGUAAAGAUAAAGCAUCUCAAAAACAGGUCUUGAAUCCAGCUGAACAGGAAGAUUUUUUUACCUUAAUGAGUCAUUCCCAGCGUGGCCGAAUGGAUGAACAGAGAUGUGUCUUAGGUGUUAGUCCCCAGUCCACACCCAAACACAAGCCCAGUCAGAGCACCGUGCCCAAAGGUCCAGAUUCUGAAAAGUUCUUCAGCCUGCUGGCUAACUCUCAGGGCCGACGGCUUGAUGACCAGCGAGUGUCUCUUCCUUCAUUGCCAGGGAUACAGAAUGGAGGUACUACAUCAACAUCAACUGCUGCAGAGAAGGAUGCAAGCUACUUGUGUUACAUGGUCUCCAAAGUCCAGGGCUCAAGGAUGGAUGAACAGAGAUGUUCUGCACCCCAAGUCCUCCAGAAUCUGGGUACCCCAUCUACUCAGCGCAAAGAUCAUCCCAUUUCAGAUGUAUCUGGCUCCUUAAACCGUGCCAAAACUGACCAACAUCAGCAGGAGGCAUCUCCAGCUGAGCAGGAUCAGUUCCUUAAAAUGAUAAGUCAUGCACAAAGUGGACGUAUGGAAGAGCAACGUUGCUCUUUACAACCCAGCAGAAGUACACCUGCCACACCCACACACAAUGGAAGUGCUUUAAAUAAUGUACCCACAGGUGCAGAAGCUGACGCAUUCUUCAAAAUCAUUGCCUCCAGUCAGGGAGGACGGCUAGAUGAUCAGCGUGUUGCACUUCCUACCCUGCCAGGGAUAAGUGAGAAUUCUGAAGGGAAAAAAAAUGGUAGAAAUACAAAGGCUGGAAUCCCAUCUUCUCCUCCACACAUCACUGUGGCUGAAAGUACACCAACAACAUCAAGGAAAGACUGUUCCACACCUACCUCUCAACCCCAAAUGGCUUAUGCAGAAUCUGGCUCCCCCAGAACCAUACCCAAAUCUGCUUCAUUUGCUCCUGAGACAGAAUAUCAGAAGAAGCUAAAUUCCCCAGCACAGGUGACAGUGAGGGUGUCCAUGAGCUUCACACCACAGCAGGGACAGAAUAAUAUCGACCAACCAUGUACAUUCCCAGAAGUCUUCCUCACUCUAGGAGCCCCUGGAGAUAACCUUGUGAUCCCUCUGAGCCCAGGACCUGACAGACCCCUGUCCUUCAACUUAAACCUUGUCCCAAAAGAAGAUGUUAAAUCCAGGCACUCCUCUCCAAGCCAUGCAAGUCUCAGAAAAGCCCACUCAAGGCCAUCAUCUCCCAACCCAGGAGCAACCAGUAAAGCACAUCCUGUAACUUCAUGCCCACAUGAACACGACAAGCUUGUAACCAGCCCUAUCAGUUCAGAUGAAGACUGCUUCUCUCUGACUGAGAAGGUUCACACUGCCCAGCUGCAGAAGGGGAUGGCUCAAGGAGGACAACAAUGGAAAGGCGAUCCUGGAAAGGGGAGGGAAAAGGCAGAGCAAGGAAAGAGAAAGGGGGGUGGAAAGAAAGAUAAGAAGGAUGGUGGCAAUAAACGAUAGUCAGGUACCACAUACCACAUUAUAAAUUAUUUAUUGAGGAAAACAAUAGAGAUGAAAUGUGAGGUCUCAGUAAUUGGUUCGGAAAAUAAUUGAUUGAACAAUGUUUAUGAAAUUGUAUUUGUAGUUUUCAUAUGCCCACACUAAUUAGAAGCUCUUGCUGGAGUAGAACUCAAGUGUAUUCUGUUUUUUUUUUCAGGACUGUUAUUUGCAUUUUUUUCUUCUUCUUUGCUAGUUAAA